AUGGCCACAGCCACAGCUCUCCUCCUCGACCGACAUGUCCUGCUACUUGAUGGUGGACUGGGCACCACGCUCGAAGACGAACAUGGAGCACAAUUCUCUACCCAGACACCGUUGUGGUCCUCUCAUCUCCUAGUGGAAAAUCCCGCUCUACUUCAGACGGUCCAACAGGAUUUCGCCAAUGCCGGCGCCGACAUUCUCCUCACUGCCACAUAUCAGGCCAGCUUUCAAGGGUUCAAGAAGACGAAGGUAAAGACGAAGGCGAAGGCGUUGAGCGAUGACGGGAUCGACGCAGCAGAGGCAACCAAGUAUAUGCUCUCCGCUAUCACCAUCGCUCGCAAUGCGUUCAGUGGACGACCGGGUCUGGUGGCACUGAGUCUGGGGGCAUAUGGCGCUACGAUGGUGCCCAGCACCGAAUACAGUGGCGAGUAUGGGGCCCUGGAGCAAAAUGAUCUAUUCCAGUUUCACAUGGAACGCCUGUCCGCCUUUACACACAGUGAAGCAUGGGCGGAUGUCGAUCUCGUUGCCUUCGAGACUCUGCCCAGGAUCGACGAGGUCAGGGCGGCAAGACAGGUUAUGCGGGCCAUCGCUUCUACUGACAAGCAGUAUUGGAUCUCAUGUGUCUUCCCUAACGACGAUGACAGAUUACCUGAUGGGACGGAGAUUGAGGAGCUCGUGACCGCCAUGCUCGACGGCGGACGCAAGCCACUCGCCAUCGGCUUCAACUGUACCAAGAUCCAUAAGGUCACAGGAUUGGUUCGGAGGUUCGAGGACGCCGCCCAGGCCUUGUCGAUGGAGUUGCCCAGACUGUUCAUCUACCCGGAUGGGGCUGGAGACAAGGUCUACGACACUCAGUUGCAGCGGUGGGUGGGUGACGAUAGAGGCACCAAGCCCUGGGACCAACAGGUCUUUGAGAUUGUGAGAGAGAUAAGACACGGAGGCGCAUGGAAGGGCAUCAUCGUCGGUGGCUGUUGUAAGACAACACCAGGGCACAUCACAAAACUAAGGAAGAGACUGGACGAGCUGGAAGAAACGGAGUGA